AUGCAACAACCUAAGCAGCAGUCAUCAUUUCGCGCAUACAUUUCAUCUUAUCCUUCAAACACGACAUCACCCUUCAUCACACGCAACGCGUCUGAACAAAUUCGCAAGUACAAAACAUUCGAAAUUUUUUUAAACCUUGGACUGCCCAGUCCACUCUGGUUGUCUGUCUAUCACGGGGGCAUAGCCCAUGUACAAAGUCUCGUCUGUGACCUCCUCCGUCAAGAGGCCUCUACCUUGGCAAUCCGUCCACUUUCUCUCUCGGCCAAGUCAAAACCUUUCAUGCCCCAUGUCCUCAUGACUUCAAAGAGCAACAACAUAUUACCAUGCCAUCCCAACCGAAAUCCAUCGAACAGUUGGUGUCGAGAUGCACCCCUUCUUGCUCUUCGAUUUCGAAACACAGAAAACCAAUAUGUUGACCGCUCCAGUCUAAUGCUUAUCGCUCAUAAAAAAAAUAAAAAUCCUUUCCCACAGGCAUCCUUCUGUGCCGUGGUCGAGCGUCAAGCACAUACCGACCGGAAAACCGAGUAA